AUGUUCACGUCGACCAUUGCGGACGUCGCCUGCCUAAAUUCCAGUGGUCGUGUGGACUUGAAGUACUUUCAGGAUAUUUUUCACGACCGGCCAGGUUACGAGAUGACCGUCUUCCUGUACGGACAACUGCUAUAUCUGCGCGAGAACAAUGAAGCCCUGCUCCGGCGGCUCGCACGGAUGGAGGAGCGAAUGGCUUCGCUCGACCACAAUGUAACAUCCCGGUCUGCAGACGAGCUCACCAAGGACCAGGAGGCCGCCAUUCGAUGUGUCGCAAAGCGGAAGCUCUUCCAACCGUUUAGGGUCAACUUUGAACAUGCAGACGAGGUCAAGGCAGAACUCCAUGCACAUCCCGAAGAAUACGACCUUACCGGGCUCCUCAAGUCACCGCGCGGGCGCCGACUCGUCGAAGAGUACGCUAACGAUCAAAGCGGGUACGCUCGCAGCCGUCUUCGUGAUGCCGACCUAACGGCUGAGUUUGGCAAACGUCGUUUGGGAUUCACGGAAAUGUGCCAGCUGAUUAAGAAGAGGUUGGACCUCCCGAAGUUGGACGCGAACACGGGUUUAACAGUCCUCUUGCAUCGCGACUUUGUUCGCCAACAUCGUGAUUUGCUAUAUGAACGGCAUAUGAUGAACAAGGGCCCGGCGACUUCGAACCUAGACGACGAUGAAGAAGAUCAGGAGUCCGCUGAAGCCGCCCCUCCUCGGAAGCGCAAGCGCGGCCUUCAGCGUCCCGAAAACGGUCAAGACUUCUUCUCGUUGAUGACCUCGUAUAUGCGGGCGAAGCAGAAGAUGUACGGGAAGGAGGUCGGGAAGGGCGACAGCUGGCAUGAGUGCGUGUUCUCCAUAUGA